UCAACAUGUUCCGGGGAGGGCACAGGGCAGCUGGGGCCAAGGCUGCGCGUGGACCUGAUGGGGAGGCAGGUGGCCUGGCUGUGCCUCCUCCUGCUCUUCUUGCUGUCCUGGCAGGGCGGUGCCUGCAGGUCUGGUGGGUGCUGUUUUCAGGACCCGUCUUAUCCGGAUACAAACCCAGGCUCCACCUCGGGCCCCCAGGACUUGAGCUGCUACCGAGUGUUCAACAACGCAGGUCACUACGAGUGCUCCUGGAGCUACAACGGCCCCCAGGUGGCGGUCAGCCACUUCCUGUGGUGCUGCUUUGGCAACAGGUCCUGCUGCUACUUCCCCGCGGGCCCGGCCACCCGGCUGCAGUUCUCCGACCAGGACGGGGUGCCUGUGCUCAGCAACGUCACGCUCUGGGUGGAGUCCCAGGCCGCCAACCGGACGGAGAAGUCGCCUGCGGUCACCCUACGGCUGCACGAAUGGGUGCGAUACGACCCCCCGCCAAGAGCGGCCAGGACGUCCGUGUCCCGCGGGCAGCUGAGGAUGGAGUGGGAGACCCCCAAGAACAGCGUCCAGCUGCAGUUCCGCCGCCGCAAGCCCGGCGGUUCGUGGGAGUUGGGCGACUGCGGCCCGCAGGACGAGCCCGGCUCAGGGUCCUGCCGGUGCCCCCUGGAGGCGGACGCGGCCCAGGAGUUCCAGUUCCGGUGGCGGCGGCGGCCGGGGUCUGGGGCCCCCAGAGGCCUCUGGAGCGCCUGGAGCGACCCCGAGUGCGCCCCGCCCGGGAGCCUCCCGCAGCCCGAGGCGACUCUGGAGGUGGCGGAGCUGGGCCGGGACGGGCGGCGUCGGCUGCGCGUGCAAGGGCAGCCCCCGCAGCCCCAGCUCCCGGACGGCUGUCGCGGGACCGAGUCCGGGGCCCAGGUCACCUACUUCCUGAGGCUGCGCAUGCGGUCCUGCCCCUGCCAGGCCAAGCCCACGCGGACCCUGCGCCUGGAGAAGCGCAAGAUCUUCCUCUCAGGCGGCGCCUACGACGUGGCUGUCCUCUCGAGGACCCGCCUGGGCUGGGGCCCCAACCAGACGUGGCUCGUCCCUGCCGUCCCCGCCGUGCCUGCUGCCCACACAGACCCCGGGGCCCUGAAUGUCAGCACAGGGGCCAGUGGCUUCACGGUGCGCUGGGUGGCGCAGGCCCCGGGUGUGACCCACUGCGUGGAGUGGCAGCUGUUUGGCCCAGACGCGGCCCCCAACUGCAUGGUGCUGUCAUCGCAGGACCCGGGCCCAGCGGGAUCAGGUACAGUAGUGACUCAUAGCUGGAGCCCAGCUCUGGGGGUGAUGGGGCAGGACCAGUGUUACCACGUCACCAUCUUCACCUCUGUGCGCCCAGAGAAGGCCACGGCAUGGUCCACCGCGCUGUCCACCUACUACUUCUGGGGCAACGCGUCGGUGGCCGGGACCCCGCCACAUGUGUCGGUGCGAAACCACAGCAAGGACUCUGCGGCCGUGGCCUGGGCUCCAUCCCCAAUGCAUGGCUGCCCCGGUGUCCUGGCAACCUAUGCUGUGCGUUGUGUGGGGGACGGCGGCCACGAGGCAGAGUGGCUCGUGGCACCCAGCGAGACCCAAGUCACCCUCCAGGGCCUGCGACCUGGCACCACGUACACGGUGCAGGUGCGCGCGGACACGGCGUGGCUGCGGGGCACCUGGAGUCCGCCCCAGCGCUUCAGCCUCGCCCCUCAGGUGUCCCACGUACCUGUCCUGUCCGCGUCCUUGGGCAGCUUUGUGACCAUCCUCCUGCUGGGCGCCCUGGGGUACCUCGGCCUGAGCAGGGCUGCGCGGCACCUGUGGCCGCCCCUACCCACACCCUGUGCCAGCACUGCCGUGGUGUUCCCGAGCAGCCAAGGGAAGCAGUGCCUGUGGAGCACCCCGGUGGACUUCGCGGAGGAGGCGUCCCCGCCAGAGACGCUGGUGGUGGAGAUGUGCGGGGUCGAAGGCGAGGCGGCGAGGCCAGAGCCGCCCCGGGACUCCCAGCUGGCGGUGCUGGAGCCCGCCGGGGCCGCCCGCGCCCCCAGGGCCCCGCUGCUCCUGGGGGACCUUGGCUGGAGGCGCCCCGCGCCCGGAGACCCGUGGUGGGCCUGGGGGCUCGGGGACGGGGCGCCCGCGUCCUAGAAGACGAUGCGAUCCCCGGCUGGUUAGUGGGCGCCCGCCGCUGUGCAGCCCGCGUUGCCCCACGUCCCGCGAGGGGGCCGGGC